AUGAAUUACGAGAACUAUGAAAAAUGGCUCAGAACUCAGUUAUUGCCCAACCUACCACCCAAUAGCGUCGUGGUAGUUGACAACGUGUCCUAUCAUAAUAAACAGUGGGAUCUCGCACCAACCUCUAAUUCAAAGAAAGCUGACAUGCAGGCUUGGCUCACUGAUAAAGGCAUACAGUAUGAGGAAUCACUUCUAAAACCUCAGUUAUACAAUUUAAUAAAGGCAAACAAGAAAAGAUUCACAACAUUUUCAAUUGACCGAAUCCUAGCUGAACAAGGCCAUCAAGUGCUGAGACUACCACCAUACCAUCCAGAUCUAAAUCCUAUCGAAAUGGCAUGGUCCGAUAUAAAACAAUAUGUGGGCAGCAAAAAUGUGAAAUGGAGUGUUACUAAAUGUAUAGAGCUAAUUCAAGAAAAAGUUUUAUUGAUGGGUGCAUGGGAUUGGCAAAAAUUAUGCAAAAAGGUGAAGGAUAUAGAAGAGCAAUAUGCAAUGAGUGACUGUGUCGUGGAUUUGGUAACAGAAGAAUUCACUAUUCGCGUUAAUGAAGAUAGUUCAGAGGAUAGCCUCGGUGAGUCCGAUGACGAUGACUCUGCUAGUACCGACGACCGGAGCAGCCCUGAGUCCCGGCCAUCAACGAGCAAAAGGCCCUGUCUAGAAACCAUUGAAGGCGUGAUACCAUUAUCUGAUUCAGACUAG